AUGACUGGUUCGACUUGUAUCGGUUUCGUCGCCGGGAUUUCCGGCAUCUUCGUGAUUGGAGCUAUCAUUUCAUGUGUUAAUAUCUAUAAUGAUAUUAAUAGCUUUGUUGAUAAUGCUCACAAGGAGCUCGGAGAGUUCAAAGGGUUUGCCGAUGAUGCGUGGAACUCGAUGAUGGUUCAAGACUCCACAAGAGUUGCUCGCGCUGUCUUCCAACAUCGCCGUCAAAAGAAGCAAAACUCGCAAUGCAACUGUGGACCACAGGCUAACAAUUGUCCAGCCGGGCCACCAGGACCACCAGGACAACCAGGAGAUCGUGGACUCGACGGACAACCAGGACAAGCUGGAAAGCCAGGACUUCCAGGAAUCGCGAUUCCAACAACAAUCAAGGGUGGAGAUUGCAUCAAAUGUCCACAAGGAGCCCCAGGAGCACCAGGAGCCCCAGGACAACCUGGACCAGCUGGACCAAACGGGCAACCAGGAGCACCAGGAUUCGGAGGAGGACCAGGGCCAGCAGGACCACCAGGACCACAAGGAGAUAGCGGAGCACCAGGAAACCCAGGAGCUGCCGGACAACCUGGACAAGCCGGGCAACCUGGACAACGCAGUCGUGGACUUCCAGGACCAGCUGGACCAGCCGGGCCACAAGGACCAUCAGGAGCACCAGGACAACCAGGAAAUGCCGGAGGCCCAGGAGCCCCAGGAGCACCAGGACCAGCCGGACCAUCAGGACAACCAGGACAAGCCGGAGGGCCAGGACAACCAGGAGCACCAGGAAACCAAGGAGCUCCAGGAUCGGACGCCGCUUAUUGCCCAUGUCCAUCGAGAAGCGGAUCGGCUCCAGUCACCGGCGGAAGUGCUACUCAAGGAUAUGCGGCGCGUCACCGCAACGUUGCUCGUCGUCGCGUUGUUCGCAAACGUGUCGUCAAGAAGGUUCGCGCUGUUGCCAGACAUGCUUAA